AUGAAGGUACUCGUGUUCUGCCUGGCGCUACUGCCACUUCUCGUGGCUUCGCAGCAAGCGAACGUCUUGUCAUGUUCAAAUGGGGUUGUCCAGCUGCUUCAUGAGCUGAAAUUGGCGAACAAGAAGACGUCUGCCUUCACUAAGACCGGAAUCAAAUCGAUGUUUUGCAAAACCAAAUGCUACAUUAUUCUAGCACAGAAUCUCACCGGUUAUGAAAUGAACUGCAAGACUUAUUCGGCCCUUGCGUUUAUCCCGUCGAAUACGGCUAUGGUAACUAGCGGUCUCUUUUAG